AGAGAGGGGGGAACACAGAGAGAGUGAGAGAGAGGGAGGUGAGUUAAAUCAAUGCCACAAAGCACUUUCUCUCUCUAGGGUUUGUUCUCUAUUUAUAUACAUUCACAUAUAUAUAACGCUUUUCUCUCUCUAGAACUACGAGCGUUGGGGCGAGGUGGUCGUUGAAUCAAUCGAGAGAUUGCGAACCUCUGUGUUCGUAGAUCGAUCGAUCUGGUUUCGUUUUCGAACUUAUUUUGAGGUUAAUUCUGGAUCGGAGGUAGAUUAGUUGUUUGCGAUCAUGUUUUUGUUCGAUUGGUUCUAUGGAAUUCUCGCAUCGCUCGGUCUCUGGCAGAAGGAGGCGAAGAUCUUGUUCUUAGGGCUUGAUAAUGCCGGCAAAACGACGUUGCUUCAUAUGUUGAAAGACGAGAGAUUGGUUCAGCACCAGCCAACCCAGUACCCAACAUCAGAGGAGCUGAGUAUUGGCAAAAUCAAGUUCAAAGCUUUUGAUUUGGGUGGCCAUCAGAUUGCCCGCAGAGUCUGGAAAGAUUACUAUGCCAAGGUGGAUGCUGUUGUGUACUUGGUGGAUGCUUAUGACAAGGAGAGAUUUGCCGAAUCAAAAAAGGAGUUGGAUGCUCUCCUGUCUGAUGAGUCAUUGGCUACUGUUCCCUUCCUAAUUUUGGGCAACAAGAUUGAUAUCCCCUAUGCUGCUUCAGAAGACGAAUUGCGUUUCCACAUGGGUCUGACUGGUGUCACAACAGGCAAGGGGAAGGUAAACCUGGCAGACUCGGCUGUCCGCCCACUCGAGUUGUUCAUGUGCAGCAUUGUCCGCAAAAUGGGAUAUGGGGAUGGCUUCAAGUGGGUGUCUCAGUACAUCAAGUAGUAGGAGGCUGUGGGAUAAGAAAUUUGGUUGUGUGUUUUACAUGUUAUAUAUUUCCAUGCUGGACUCAAGUUGAUGUGUUGUCUGUUUGAAAUCAGUGUUGAAUAUAUUCCCUAGUUUCCAGUUUUUUAUUUUAUUUUAUUUUAUUUUUUUGUUGAAAUGACAACAGUGCUGCUCCCUUCUUACUAUUUUGAUGAUGUGGUGCCAAAUGAUUGACGACUUGCGACCAGAAAUUGUAGGGGAGGAAAUUCAUUGCCAGGGGAGUUGAAAACAAUGUAGACUUCAUAUUUGUGAAACAUUUUUUGUUAGCAUUUCCCAAUAAGUCAAUGCGUACAUGGAUUUGUAGUUUGAAGAGUACUUACUAAUGAAUCUCUUGUUUGAAGAC